AAAUACUGCAUGUUACACCUACACAACGUGUUUACCUGUAGGGGCUUGUGAUAAAACAGUGACCUGUAAAAUAUAUAAUUAUUAUAUUAUUACUUCUAAUGGGCCAACGUUGGGCCAACGAUGUUUUCUCUAUGUAAGUAUUUCCCUGAAAAUCGAUACUGGGCCAAUGCAGAGAUAUCUCUGACUGAAAUUUAAAGUUGGUUCAACUUCGGCCCAACAGCUGUAUUUACAAUACUUAUUAAUCAUUAUUGGGCCAACAGUGGCCUAACAACGAUUAUCCAUUGACGGUUUUCUGUCGUUGGCCCGAUGACUUCAUGUUUACAGGGAUAAGAGUAUAUAAAGGCCAAAUGAGGACGAUUGUCUAAGUUGAUUACAAAUAGUUCACGACUGCCGAGGUGUAUUUGAGUUUAUAUGCGGUACAGGAUGCGACUUACUAUAGCAUACAUAUUUAUCUUUAAUAGUUUGAUGGACUAUUCGACCUGUUUUCCAGGUGGUUGGUACCAGAUUCCUCUUGGUUCACCUAAAAGUAUAAACUCGAUUGAUGCAGCGGCACGAUAUAUCGGUGGGAGUUUCCCAUCUCCACUCUCCGCUCGAAAGUGGCUUGAGUUCCAGCCCAAUUUUGACAUAUACAAAGUGGAUUUUAUAGCUGGAUUCCGGGAUGGCAUUACACGUAAAUGUCAAACUGAUGUUCUCUGGACCUUCAAACCUUUGAAGAAAACCACGUUCAAUAUACGAUGUAAUCCUCCAUGGAGUAGUAAACUUUUGCCGUAGUCGUUUUUCAUAGCUGAUAUGUAACGAUAAGAAAUUAAAAAAAUAGUGACCGAAUUGUUUCGUCGCCUUAGGUUUAUAUGUACUAAGGUCAGUGAUGCUUUUGACAUACACGUUGGUUUAGAGUAUUCUGUA